AGAGCCUUUGUUUUUAGUCAUGAGGCCUGAGGGGGUGGGGACAUUGGAUAAAAGGUCCCAAAGGCAGCAUCCACACCCUUCUGCUGAGCUGCUGUUCACAUGAAGCCACCAAUGCAGCCCCUGACUCAGGCCCUGCCCUUCUCUCUCAGAGAUGCCCUUCGAGGCACUGGUCUCCAGGUGCCUGUCAUUAAGAUGGGCACAGGGUGGGAGGGCAUGUAUCGAACCCUGAAGGAAGUUGCCUACAUCCUUCUUUGUUGCUGGUGUAUCAAGGAACUGCUGGAUUGAUGGUGGCAGGGAACGCCCUUGUCACCCCUGACACCAAGACCUGCACCACUCAGCCCUAAGACUCCUGGAGCCAGCUGGCCUUCACCAAGGAUGGGCCACAAAGAACUGAAGAGUGAACCAUGAACCUUUGAGCUGUCCAUCCGUCUGACCUGCCUCAUCCUGGGGCAUCUAUCCUCAGCUCCUGUCUUUGCUGUGCUUCUGGUACACCUGAGCUUGGCUUGCUGGCUCAGACUCCAGUGACACUACAGCAGGAUCUCGUAUUCCUCCAAAAUCGGCACAGUGAGCCCACCAACCCACAUACUUGAAGAACCAGGAAUGGACUGCCCCUAAGAUAUCUGGUAAUCACUCAACUAUAAAUAUAAUAAAUAGGCUUUGAGGCCAACAAUUCUGAAUGUUUGAAGGGCAUGUGUGCUUGGGAAUGGCUUGGAGCCAGAGAGCAGGAAGAAAGGCAGAUCUUGGGAGUACUGAGACUGGGAACCAGCUUUGCUGCCUCUCUGGUGCCAGAAGAGCAAAACAGAGAAACCAUGUUCCUCCCAACCUUUGUGUAGAGAGGACAGAAUGGGUAGAUCCCUAUUCCUGGGUGAGGGCCAGGAUGCUAGGAUGAGGACCCAAAGACUCAGCCUUUUCCCAAAAGGAAGUGUGACCUAGGCAGUUCCCUGUCCCUAAGGAACAUGGAAAGCACACUCAGCUAGUCCCCAGCUGUGGAAGGAGUCCUAGUUCAGACACAGCUCUAAGAGAAAACACCCGUGUAGUCAUACCACCCCUUGGAGCCUAUCCCAGCACACCUGUGACAGGACAGUCUGCAUGAGUGGACUGCCUCCUGACUUCCCCUUGGCAGCCACCAGCACACGUUGUCUAUGAACCAUUAGCAGCCCGUGCACGUGUACUUCCACUUGUUCAUGCCCACUUUCUCUGAGUAGCACUUUUUGGCCUAACUGUUGCCCAAUGACCUGGAGGUAGUAUCUAGUUCUCUGCCCACCCCCUGGAGCCAGCUCUUCUUUGGCCUUUUGCUUAGUUAACUCCUUUUUCUCUGGGCCUGUUUGUUUCUAUUGUUGGUUAUCUGGUUGUUUGGUUGAGUUUCAGUGUUGGGGACUGAACCCAGGACUUUACACCUAAUAAACUCCCUAUAUCACAGCCU